AUGGCUGAAACUAUUAAAGAAUUGCAGCCGAUCGAGACUCGGCUGUUCAUUAACGGCGAGCUCCGUGAAUCUUCAACCGGCAAGACAUUCGACAUCAUCUACUCCUACACCCAAGAUCUUGUUGCAAAGGUCCAUGAAGCAGACGUCCAGGAUGUCAACGACGCCGUAGAUGCUGCCGAAGCGGCCUUCCCCGCCUGGAGAGAUCUAGGAGUGCAGGGACGCGGCGAGCAUCUACGCAAGCUCUCCGAUCUCAUCCGCGAAGCUAUCCCCAAACUAGGCAAACUUGAGACCCUGAGCAUCGGUCGCCCAGUCUCCAUUUUCCCAGAUGCAGAAUUAGCCGCAGAUUAUUUCAGAUACUAUGCCGACUAUGCCUGGACCGUGCAGGGCACGGCCAGUACUAAUACCCCCGGAACCUUCAAGAUGACGGUCAAGGAGCCGUUUGGCGUGGUGGGACUGAUUAUCCCCUGGAACUUCCCGUUGGUGAACUUCGCUGGGAAGGUAGCGCCUGCUAUCGCUGCUGGUAAUACCGUUGUGCUGAAGAGCAGUGAGAAGGCUCCGUUGACUUCGCUUUACAUGGCCAAAUUGAUCCAAGAAGCCGGGUUCCCUCCAGGAGUCAUCAAUAUUAUCUCAGGACACGGCGCCCCAGCCGGCUCAGCCCUGACCGAGCACAUGAAAGUCCGGGCCAUCAGCUUCACCGGCUCCUCGCUCACAGGCCAAAAGAUCCACGCGGCCGCAGCAAAGAGCAACAUGAAGUCAGUCCACACCGAGCUGGGCGGAAAAUCGCCCGCCAUCGUCUUCGAAGACGCAGACCUGCAAUCCGCCGCCGGGCAAACCAUGUUCGGCAUCCAGUUCAACAGCGGACAGGUCUGUACCGCCAACUCGCGGAUCUACGUGCACGAGUCCAUCAAGGAGAAGUUCACGGAGAGUUUCAAGGCCAUGUUUGCCAGUGUCAAGAUGGGCGAUCCGCUUGAUCCUACGACGCAGCACGGCCCGCAGAUCGAUUAUCUGCAGUACAACCGCAUCAAAGAGUAUCUUGGUCUUGGCGAGAAGGAGGGUAAGUUGACGAUGGGUGGGGAUGCGAAAGAUGGGUUCUUUGUGAAUCCGACUGUUUUUGAGGAUCUCUCGGAGGAUUCGCGAGUGAUGAAAGAGGAGAUCUUUGGGCCUGUUGUGGCUAUUCAGACUUUCAAGACGGAGGAGGAGGUUGUCAAGAAGGCUAAUGAUACGGAGUUUGGGCUGUAUGCGUCGGUCUUUACGAAGGAUCUUGAUCGGGCGAUUCGUUUGUCCAAGGCUUUGCAGGCGGGUACUGUUGGAGUUAACUGCACUGCUCCGACUGGUGCGAAGGAUGCUGCUUUUGGCGGCUACAAGAUGAGUGGAAGUGGAAGGGAGGGUCUUUUGUACAGCAUUGAGAACUUCCUCCAGACGAAGACGAUUGUCAUCAAAUCGACUUGA